CGUGGUGAGGGCCCCUGCAGGUGGCGGACCUGGGGGGCAGAGAGAAGCAGGCAGAGUCAAACCAGGGAGGCACGUUUGGCCAGGCCCGGGGCCAGAGCCGGAGAGGAGAGGCGGGGACAGGUGCAGAGGUGGCGCCGGGACCUGGCAGGACAGCAAGCUCAGUGGAACCUGCAGAGAGCAAGACCAAAUCCAAGGAGAGUCGUGAGGGCCCAGGAGCACCCAAGAUGCCUUCAACUCCAGAGCAGCCCUCUGGGCAUGUGGAGGGACUCCCUGAGUCGGAGCUGGUUACAUGGCCCCCGCUGCCCUGUGGGCCCUGCAUCCCCAUCAUGCUGGCCCUGGCCUCCCUCGCCGCCCUCUUCCUCGUAACGACAGCUGUGUUGGCCGAACGCCUCUUCCGCCGCUCUCUGCACCCAGACCCCAGCAACCGUGCACCCACCCUGGUCUGGCGCCCCGGAGGAGAACUGUGGAUCGAGCCCAGGGGCACCCCCCGAGAGCGCUCAGAAGACUGGUAUGGCUCUGCGGUCCCCUUGCUGAUGGAUGGGGCCCCAGACCCUCCCAUCUCUGGAGGCACCUUGGAGGCCCGAGCCACAGCCCCACCUGCCCCUAUAGCCCCACUCUCCCCUCCCAGCUCCUUGGGCCUCCAGAGCCCACCCAGGGCCCCAGUCCGCAGCACCUUCUGGGGGCCCCAGGCCUUGGAGGAGAGGCCUUAUGCUCCGGGCCUGGUGAGCUGGGCUGAGCCUGAACAGAGGCCAGAGGCCAGCAUGCACCUGGGGAGCCCCCAGACCCGGAGGCAGCGGCUAGGGAGCUCUGAUCUGGAGUGGGGCCUCCAACCUCGGGUCACCCUGGAGCAGAUCUCUGCUUUCUGGAGGCGUGAAGGUCGGACCAGCGUGGGGUUCUGAUUCCCCAGGGCCUGGAGGACUGGCCUCUCCGAGACACUGAGGAAGGCCUUACCUCAGAGGGUCUCUCUGAGGCCUUAAGACCCUGAGGCUCCAGCCUAAGAGCCCAAGUUCAUACUUGGGCCCACAGGGAAGAACACCCCUCCCAAGGCCUUUUACAUCUGGAUUUCAAUUCCCUGGAUCUGGGGUUGGGCAGGCACCGCAUGGACAGAGCCUGUGCUGCAGGGGAAGCCCAGAAGUAUCUCUCUGGCUGCCCAGGGUCGCGGCACAGACAAUUGGAGGUGGGGCCGACUACGGGCCAGAAGUCGCCAAAAUCACGUUCUAGAUUAAGAAAGAUCUCAAGCUACCAAACAGGUAGGAAAUAGGAUCAUCACAGAAGCUUCCACCUUCAUUGUGCACCUAAGAUGCCAACAUCGGCGCGCAGGGGUCCUGUGGCUGCCGAAGAACAGACUGAGUGUAGAUGACCAGGGUCAGUCCUGCCAGCAGGAGAGGACAGGAAGCCAGCCUCCCAGAGCCACGGAUCAUGCCUCCAGGAAAACACAGACAGAGGUCAAGGCCAGGCAAAGGAGCAUCUUAUUGCAUCCAAACUGUAGCUUUGACCCCCAACUUGCCACAGGAAACUUGGGCAGCCAAAUUGGAGAGGCCCCUCCUUGCCUCCAGCUAGGACCUCGAGUCAAGGGAGGUCAGGGGGCAGCCGUCCCAUUAAGGUUGAACAUGGCAGCCCGCUGACUCUGACCCCUCCGGGGUGAGGGAGGCCCGCCGAAGCGAUCGGAGUUUGAUCCAAUGUGGAAAGGAACACUGUCCCUGGGGAAGAGCAGCUCCCAGUGUGCGGCCUCUGGCCAUCCUCCCUCCCAGCUUGCUGGAUCAAUCCAGACAGAUUUGCCCCAUGACAGGCUUAUUUAUAAUGCCUCACCCGGUAGAAAUGGAGCCCAGAGAUGUCCUUGAUUCCACAGCCAUCUGUAUCAGCUGGCCGCCCCCUGGGAGGAGAGCCAGGAGCUGGGGAGAAGAAAAGGAGCUGCACUCCCGGCACGGGGAGGGAAGGGGGGCCCGAUUUCCCAAACUUCAGUCACGAAUGUUAGGAUUUUUGCCUUAUCACUUUACCACCUGUACUAUUAUUUACUUCAUAGUUUUCCUUAAGAUGAUUUCCUAUUUGCUGAAUAAAUUUAUUUUAGAAGGAACAUUUUUUUGUAUCACUUCUGCAAAUGGAAAACCAGUUAUCACAUGCCAUAAAUAGAAAGUAAAACAUGAAAAUAAAUACAAGGUUAAACAAA